UGCGCUGCCCUCCGCGUGCUCAGAUUCAAAAGAGGCCAAAGCCCCGCGGGGCGGCGCCGGUAGAGACGUCGAGGCCGGAGCGAUCGGCCCCAGGUGUGCUGCGUUCUCGGGACGCUGCCGCGGAGGCUGGAGGAGUCUGCGCUGGACGCUGAUGGCUACGGAGCCCUGGGUCGCUGGGUCGCUGGCCCUGGGCCCUGGAGAAGCACCGCCUUCGGACGAAUUGGGACCCGGGCCGCCGCCCUAUGGAGACCCCUUGUGGUCACCCGCCAGGAGACCCGAGGCCUCAGCGGAGCAGGAGCCCCAGCGGGCACAGCAGCUGAUGGAAGCCCCAGCCUCCGCGUCUUCCCGGGAGCCACUGGCAGCGGAGCUAGGGCCGGCCCAGGCUCACCUCCCACUGGACUCCAUGUUCAGCCCCAUCACCGACCAGCUCCGUUACCUGCUCAGGAAGGCGGAUGACUUUCAAAGCUACUUGCUCUACAGGGACCGAGUACAGAAGGAACAGCUAGCCAAGGCCAUGCCCACCUUCCUAACAAUGUGUGAGCCUUACUUCCUGUACCUAGAGGCUGCUGCAAGGAGCAUCCCUCCCAUCUAUGGAGCCCUGCAGGAGCUGGUCCGGAAGGGGCUGUUGGAAAUCUCUCAGCAGCUAACCCUGCGCCUGGAACAGUUAGUUCUCAUGUAUGCCUCCUUUGGGUUCGUGGACCUGGAGGAAACUAACCCUUUGAGCAUCUCCUGCUUCUUUUGCGGGAGGUUCUCCAUUAGCCCUUCCCACGAUGUGUCCAUCUUCCGAUACUGCACCCCAGCUGCAUACACUGCCAGUCACUUCCCGAGAUACCUCUACAAGAAGAUGCGCUGGAACCUGGAGAUUACCACGGAGGCCAGCAGCCAGGGACAAGACUCCCACGUGGAUUACUACUUCUUAUGUUAUCGCGAUACAUGGGAAGAUGCAGGCCAGGGGCCAGCCAAUUCGUGCCCCCAAAUCCAGAAACUCUGGUCCAUCGGCCGGUGGAUACCCCUGGGACCAGCAGAGGAUGACCUUGAAUCAUGGAUUUUGUGCCCGCAGCCACCCGGGGACUACCAGCAGCUACUAACCAUCGGCUUCGAGGAGCCGUCGCAUGUGCUGGCCACCGACCUGCUGGUACAGAUCCUCACGGGCCAGGUAGGCCCCGCCCGGCCCCCCAGCGCAGCCGGGCCCUCGGCUUGAGCUGCCCCGGCAUCCUGA